UGUCAUUCAAUAGUCAAAUGGGUCAAAUGUCAAAGUUUUGCACAUUAUUUUUUUAAACCAAAAAAUAAAAGUAUUGGAGUCUGAUUUAAGUUUAGAAUUAUGUCUAUUUAUUACAGUGGUGUCUUCAGCAGAUCUGGAGGAAUUUAUAGCGCUAUAAGUAAACAAUUAAAGAUGGUAAAUUUAAAGCCCGUAAAAAAAAUUCAAGUUCAAUUUGAUCCAUUUCAUCCCAAUGCAGUAACAGCUAGGGAUUUUCUUUUUCAUAUUUCAAAACCAAAAGUACUUGAAACCAAUAUAAGCUGCAUAAUCAAAACUAAUGUAGUUUGUGAUCGAAGUGAACCAGAAAUCAAAAUAGAUUUGGGCGAUUCACGGACAAUAAAAUUUUUAGCAAACAAUUUGACGGUGCUAGAAAUUUUACAACAAUUUAACAAACAUAUAAGUUCUAAGGUACCAGAAGAAACUCUUUCAUCGCCAGCUACAGCUAAACUUGAGGCCAAAAGGAAGGGCAAGAGGUGAUCAACUAUGGGAAACAAUAAAAAAGACUUCCACCUUAAACUUAUUGAACAUGUUUACGAUAAUAUUCCGGCAUUCACAGAUAUUUUUACAGAGGAGACUUUUUAUAUUUUUGCCAUUACCGUUGUUAUUAGUACUAUUAUUGCUGUGUUUAUUAUUUCUAGGUUUGUUACCUUAAAAGAAGUUGAUAUUUAAAUUAUUUUAGAUAA